GGUUAGUUGUCAUUUCUUAAAUUUAGCACAAUGGGGUUUAAAAGUCUGUUUAAUUUAUAAUAUCGUUAUCACCCAUCUAUUUUCCAUGACUUAAAUAAUUGUGUUGGUAGUAAAUUGGUAAUAUAACCAUGGAGUUCCCAAAACCAUCAACUAGCGGAGUUUCGAUAGCUGCUACGAAAAAAUCCGUGCCAAAUUAUGUUGAUGUUACUAGCGAUUUCACCGAUGCUGUUAAAGAUUUAAGGCUGGGCGAGCUACUGCAUGACGAGCAAUUCGGUUUAUUUGAAGCAAUGUCAGCAAUCGAAAUGAUGGACCCCAAAAUGGAUGCAGGGAUGAUUUGUAACAGAGGCGUCAGGAAAAUCAAGUCAUUCGAACAAGCAAUCAAAGAUGAAACAUUAAAAAUUGAUCACUUUCAAGAUAGUGAAGUAAUUGGUAUUAUUGACAAUACACUGGCUUGUCUGGUGUCCUGGCUUGAAGGCCACUCCCUAGCUCAAACGGUUUUUAUCAAUUUGUAUUUGCACAAGCCUUUUUUAAUUGAAGAUAAAACAUUAAAGGCAUUUUGUCUAUCAAUGUACAAGCUAUUGGAGAUUAUCAAAGAAUUUAUUCAUAAAGCCAUGGUUUAUGAAGAAGAAGAUUUCCAACCAAUGCAAUAUGGCUAUCACAUUUUUCCUGACAUAUCUGAGCAAAGAAUGAUAGGUAUGCUCAGAGAGGUUGAGGAAGAACUCCAUAGAAAAACUAGAGCAAGGCAAUCAGAGGUGGAAACUCAGGCAGUUCAUGCCAGGAUAAAAUUCAUUAGGGUUCUUUUACAAUCUUUAAUAUUGCUUAGGAAGGAAGAUCAACAAUCAAUACAAGACUGUCAAAGACAUUUAGCUACAGCUCUGGAAAUGUUGCUGAUUAUGCAGAACACUGUACAGCAUGGUGUACAGUAUGAAGAAGUUGAAAAUGAGUACAAACUGGGAUUUGAACCAUCCAUAAACCAAAGGCUAUUACCACCGACAUUUCCACGAUACACGAAAAUUAAAUCUAGAGCAGAAGCUGUGCUUUAUUUUAUUGAAAUGACUGAACGUUUUAAAAUAGUUUGUAAAAUACAAGGUAUUACAUCUUUACAUCAAGCCCUUGACUUUUUCAUAGACUUUAGUAAAACAGGGCCUUGCAUAUUGUCCCGGUCCGCGCUGCAAUUACUUUACCCUGGAACAGAUAUAUCGAACAUUAGAGAAAUUCUCAAAGAUGCCGUCAAAAAUUUUAUAUGUCCUCCAGCGCUGGUUUCCAAGGCCCUACUAAGCAAUUACCAGGCGAAAAACUGCGUUGACACUUUCUUGAAUCAUUGCGUAAGGCCUUUCGCGAAUUUCUUGCAACUUUGCGGGCACAAUCGAGCGAGACAACGCGAUAAAUUGGCUCAUUUAUUGGAGGAAUUCACCACACUACAAGACGAGGCUGAAAGAGUCGAUGCCUACUUACACAAUAUAUCAGUACAAUCUCCUAUAUCAAGGCCGCAUGUGGCAUGUUUUGGCACCUGGAUUUUAUAUCACACUUUGAGAAUUAUGAUUAUGUAUCUCUUGUCCGGGUUUGAGCUGGAACUAUACAGUGUACACGAGUACUACUACAUUUAUUGGUAUUUAUUUGAAUUCCUCUAUGGCUGGCUUACAUCGGCCCUUUCGCGAGCAGACAGCUUUUUGGUCGAAAACGAAAUUAUCCUGGAAUUACAAAGAAAUAAAGGCGCAAUCAAAAAGAAAACCAAGUACAAAAAGAAACCAAGACCAUAUAACAAACACAUCAUUUAUCUGCAAGCCUUACAGAACAUGUGUGGAGGCUAUUACAAGGCCUUAAUGGGAUUUAGACUGGACGAAAAACUGCUGACGCCGCAUCAAAAAUUCGAUAACGAGCAAGUGCGAUACGAGCACCGUUUUGCUCCGUUUCAAAAUUUGCUGACUCCACCUCCGGUGGUUUACUCGGAAUUUAAGGAUAUGACGUCGUUAGAGCGUUUUCCUCAGCAGCCAGUGGACAGUUGCUUUCUCUAUGUUGCCGGUUGUAAGCAUUUUCACCAGGCUAGGCAACUUUUGGAGAACUGUCAACAUCAGGAUGGCGAAAUUUUGGAUUUGAUAAAGAUAGCCAAGACGAAUUUUGUGGUUUUGAAACUUUUGGCCGGCGGUCACAAAAAGGAUCCUUCGAAGCCGAUCUCCUUCGAUUUUUCAACGAAUAAGCAUUUUGCUACUAUUAAAAUUAAUUGAUUUUAGUAAAAUUCACAUCCAGGUCUUCUAUUCUCAUUGAUUAAUUAAUUGUUGGUACUUUUUUUAAUAGUAAUUUUAUUGUUCUCUAGUCAAUUGCAUCAGUUUUAACUAAAAAAAGUUUAACCCAGUGUUUUGUGCAAUACGGUUGUAUAAAUAUUCAUCAGUUUCAACAAAGUUUUACAUAAUAUUUUAUGUAUUUAUUGUUUUGGAAAGUUUUUUAUAAUUUAUUGUCAUCUUGUAUGAAAUCAUCUUGAAUUGUAUAUAUUUGACUGGCGGUUACGAGAAAUAA